AUGGAGGCCAAAGCUCAGGGAUGGAGGCCAAGGCCCAGGGAUGGAGUCCAAGGCCCAGGGAUGGAGUCCAAGGCCCACGGAUGUAGUCCAAGACCCAGGGAUGGAGUCCAAGGCCCAGGGAAGCCAAGACCCAGGGAUGGAGGCCAAUGCCCAGGGAUUGAGGCCAAGGCCCAGGAAUGGAGGCCAAAGCUCAGGGAUGGAGGCCAAGGCCCAGGGAUGGAGUCCAAGGCACAGGGAUGGAGUCCAAGGCCCAGGGAUGGAGUCCAAGGCCCAGGGAUGGAGUCCAAGGCCCAGGGAUUGAGGCCAAGGCCCAGGAAUGGAGGCCAAAGCUCAGGGAUGGAGGCCAAGGCCCAGGGAUGGAGUCCAAGGCACAGGGAUGGAGUCCAAGGCCCAGGGAUGGAGUCCAAGGCCCAGGGAUGGAGGCCAACGCCCAGGGAUGGAGUCCAAGGCACAGGGAUGGAGUCCAAGGCCCAGGGAUGGAGUCCAAGGCCCAGGGAUGGAGUCCAAGGCCCAGGGAUGGAGUCCAAGGCACAGGGAUGGAGUCCAAGGCCCAGGGAUGGAGUCCAAGGCCCAGGGAUGGAGUCCAAGGCCCAGGAAUGGAGUCCAAGGCCCAGGGAUGGAGUCCAAGGCCCAGGGAUGGAGGCCAACACCCAGGGAUGGAGUCCAAGGCCCAGGGAUGGAGUCCAAGGCACAGGGAUGGAGUCCAAGGCCCAGGGAUGGAGUCCAAGGCCCAGGGAUGGAGUCCAAGGCCCAGGGAUGGAGUCCAAGGCCCAGGGAUGGAGUCCAAGGCACAGGGAUGGAGUCCAAGGCCCAGGGAUUGAGGCCAAGGCCCAGGAAUGGAGGCCAAAGCUCAGGGAUGGAGGCCAAGGCCCAGGGAUGGAGUCCAAGGCCCAGGGAUGGAGUCCAAGGCCCACGGAUGUAGUCCAAGGCCCAGGGAUGGAGUCCAAGGCCCAGGGAAGCCAAGACCCAGGGAUGGAGGCCAAUGCCCAUGGAUGA